AUGGGCGACCCCUUGAUGCUCUCCAUUCUCCAGCGCAAGCUUCACACGCUCAAGCAAAUGUACCAGGUGCAAGACAAUGGCAAGUGUGACUUUGUACUGAGCAAGGAGCUGGUCUACCAGGCCUAUCUGGCCAUGAUGGUGGCCCAUGAGUGCCUUGCUGAGCUGCCCCAGCUCACUUGGCCUGUUCUGGGCAAGUGUGCCUUCCCCUUGGUGCCCUCAAUCCACUGA